GUUAUAAACAAUGCGUUGACAUGGGGAAGUGAAACAUUGGGUCAUAGGACUAUGUUGUGAAAUCCCUCGAAAGACUCAACUUCUGUUUUCAUUAAGAAAGAUGCCAGUUGCUGAAUAAUACUUUAUUGGGGCAGUUGGUGCAGUUGGGGAUUAGUAACAUAUGAACAAGUGUUUCAGUAAUGUCGGGACGUUUAUGUUGGGACGGUGCAAGUGUUGUAAACGACAAUGAUAGUAUAAACCUUAGUAGAAACUGCAAUAAAAACAGCUCCAGGUAUCGAGCGAUUAGGUAUCGUGAUAAAGGUUUGCUCUUAUUCUGUCAGCUUCCAUAUGCACAAUGUCAUAGAUUAAAGUGAAAUUAUACAAAACUUCCUGUAAAGAUGAACUCUCACUUCUGGAAGUUGAGGGGGUGCUUCACCGCCCUCCACUCCCCACCGGAGCUCAGCACCGGGGACCCUGGUGGUAAAAAGGCGGGCGGCUGCCUGUUGCUACAGCAGCUCCUGGAUGGUUCACGUUCCUGUGCAGUCGGCUCUCUGUUGGAGUGGAGGGCGAUCAUAUCCUGGCCCGCGGUCUCUCUCUCCCCCACACUCGCACAUCCACUCUCUCCCGAUCCACGAGUUACUGUCAUUCCUGCAGUAACUCGAAUCGUUAACAUUUUUUUCCCACAUGGUCAAGGUAACGAGCAGACAUUGACUUGCAAGGAGAGCGAGGCAGCCGCGGGGAGCUGGCAAAAGUCAGCUUGGAGUUGCACAGAAUGGGGGUGUGGAGCUGGAUCUUUGCCGGCAGUGUCACUCAGUAAGGCGGGAGGGGGGAGGUCCAACGUCAGUCCCGUGGAGUAUAAAUCGGAGGGGUGAACGCCGCCCGGGAGGGCGACUGUACGCCGUGUGAGUCGGGGAAGGGGCAGCUUCUGUCUGCGCGGAGAGUCAGACGUGAUUCUCUCGCUGUGGAGGAGCGUCGGCUUCACGUCAGCGCCGGCGAUGGUGUGGGGCUGAGCUAUUUUCAAUGCUGAGUCCCUGCCCAUCUGUCCGUGUCUAUGUGGGACAGAGAGAGCGGAGGCGCGGAGCGGGGCUGGCUGUGAGAAUCCACAGGCGGGGGCUGAUCGAGGAAAUGCGAGGCGGCGCGCUGGGGGCAGAUCAGAGACGGAGGCAGACCCAACUUGGCCCCAGCCAUCGGUGAGGAGCGAGGAGAGCUCCCCGACCCAAGAUGACACUGGUGGCAGAGGAAAACAUCGACGAGUCGGUGGCGUUGGCCACGUUUUCUCAGGGCAGCUGCGACCCCGAGCUGCUGGGGCACGAGUGCUGCGAGCGGGCUCUCAUCAACAUCUCGGGGCUGAGGUUCGAGACACAGCUGAGGACCCUGGCCCAGUUCCCCGACACCUUGCUCGGCGACCCGCGGAAGAGGAUGCGCUACUUCGACCCGCUUCGCAACGAGUAUUUCUUCGACAGGAACCGGCCCAGCUUCGACGCCAUCCUCUAUUACUAUCAGUCGGGCGGCCGGCUGAGGAGACCCGCGAACGUGCCCGUCGACAUUUUCAUGGAGGAGAUUAAAUUUUACGAGAUGGGGGAAGAGGCCAUCGACAAUUUCCGCGAGGAGGAAGGUUUCAUUAAAGAGGAAGAGCGCAUCUUGCCGGCCAACGAGUACCAGCGGCAGAUUUGGCUGAUGUUCGAGUACCCGGAGAGCUCAGGUUCCGCCAAGGGCAUCGCCAUCGUGUCCGUGCUCGUCAUCCUCAUCUCCAUCAUCAUCUUCUGCGUGGAGACCCUGCCCGAGUUCCGCGAAGAUGCGCUCCUGGAGCCCAGGACGGUGGCUGUCAAUGGCACCGGCACGCUGGGGGCAAACAUAUUCACCGACCCCUUCUUCAUCAUCGAGACUCUCUGUAUUGUCUGGUUCUCCUUCGAACUGUUGGUGAGAUUUUUCUCGUGUCCCAGCAAAUCCACCUUCUCCAAGAACAUCAUGAACAUCAUAGACAUCGUGGCCAUCAUCCCCUACUUCAUCACCCUCUUCACUGAGUUGGUCUACCACCAGUCCAACGGGCAGCAGACCAUGUCCUUGGCCAUCCUCAGGGUCAUCCGGCUGGUUCGCGUCUUCCGCAUCUUCAAGCUCUCCAGGCACUCCAAGGGUCUCCAGAUCCUGGGCAAAACCCUGCAGGCCAGUCUGAGGGAGCUGGGUCUUCUCAUGUUCUUCCUCUUCAUCGGUGUCAUCCUCUUCUCCAGCGCCGUCUACUUCGCCGAGACGGACGACCCGGAUUCUAGCUUCUCCAGCAUCCCAGACGCUUUCUGGUGGGCAGUGGUCACCAUGACCACCGUGGGCUACGGGGACAUGCACCCCAUCACCAUCGGAGGUAAGAUCGUGGGGUCCCUGUGCGCCAUCGCCGGGGUGUUGACCAUCGCGCUGCCCGUGCCCGUCAUCGUGUCCAACUUCAACUACUUCUACCACCGGGAGAACGAGCAUGAGGAGCAAGUCGAGUACAUGCACAUCAGCACCGGGCAACAGGCGAACUCCCUGGGGCAGCUCAAGGCCAGCGAUCAGUCCCUCAACAAGAGCGAAGCGGAAGACAACGUGGACGCGUUGAUCAAUGAUCAUCAGUACCCCGACUACACCCCCAUCAAACAGAGGUCGUCAGACAACCAAACUAGGAAAAAAUUCACCGACGUAUGAUGGACGGGAGGGACGGAGCGGGGACUGAAAAAAUCUCCAUCAAGUCACGUUAACAACAGACAUUUUCUGAUGUUCAGCCUCACUAUCCCACGGAGGCUGAAAAUUGUACAAACACAUUCGUGGCAGAAUUAGAUCUCGGCGGUGGAAUGCGCCGGAUUGUUCAACAAUGUUUUAGCUUUGCGAUCAACAUGUUAAAUUGUCGACAUUUUCUGCGGUUUCCUCUAAGGAGACCGCCGCUUGUUUUUGCUUUGAUUUACACAGCCCGUUAUUCUACUUUCAGCUGAUCUUUAAAGCAUACCAGCUAAAUUGAAUUAAAAAAACCCAGACUGAAGAAGGGUCUCGCUACAAAGGGUCUUCUGUACAAAGAUGCUGCCUGUCCCACUGAGUUACUCCAUCAAUUUGUGUCUACCUUCGAUUUAUACCAGCAUCUGCAGUUCUUUCCUACACAAAAGCCCAGACCAAGUGUAUUGUUUCACCGAUCCCAGUGAUUCUGUGCCGGGCGGGGGUUCGGGGAUUUCGAUAGCGAGCGUGUGUGUUUCCACGGGGAAGUGGGUUUAGACCCCACGCCCACCCUUCGCCACCUCAGCGGAAAAACGCCUGACUCCAAGGGGCAAGAAACAUUGCUUCAGGAUUUUCAAACCAGUUGGAAAACGAUUGCAAAGAAAGCGGAGGCGGCAGAGCGAGGAAUCAAAUAGCAAUCAGAGAAAGAGAGAGAGAGGAGCAAAAGGUGGACCACUAACGAGAACAAACAGCUUCUGGUACAAUGUCAGAAAUGAACGCCCAAAUUGCAACGACUCCACCAUUCAACUGACCCCGACCCUCCGGAGGUUUUGUCAAGCACUUUUCAUUAGAAUAGCUAAUAAAUUCGAUCAAUUCGACGUGCCAUCGCCCCUCUCCAAGCUCCACGGGCGGAGAGCGGGCUAAAGCCCCUUCGCUUGUUCACCAUCAGCGACAUUGUGUUUUUUUUUUAAUAUCGAAGUUCGCAUUUGUGAGGAAAGGGGGAUCGGUACGUUAAAGCAAUGGUGGCUGUGCUUGCAUUCGUGCCAUUUUGUGCUGCUCCCGUGGUUCCGCUUGCUCGCCAGCCCUACCCCUCCUGAGAGGACGAGCGUGGCCGAGGAGAGACACAACAAGGACACGUGUGAGCUCCGGCUGCGCCGCCGACUCGUCAGCACCUCCCCGUGGCGUCGGCGGUCGGCAUAGCAACCGCCGUCUCGCCCGCCGGCCCGAGCUGUCAAUGAGACCAAACCCUUCACAACUGACUGCGUUAUUCUACAAAAGCGCCCAGACAUCGCUGGCUUGCAGCCUCUAGACAAUGUAUCACUGCCGUGGAGCAGGAUCGAAUUAUUCUCUAUCCAAUGGCUCAACGUGUUACAAUUUAGCUCCCAGAACCGACACAACUGACGUGUUGUAAACCAGCAUCUGCAGUUCCUUGUAUAUCUCCAAUUCAGCCCAACCUUGACUCUGUUUUAACAGCGCAGCUGUGCAUCGAAACCAACGUGAAUACAUUUUACCUUGCGAAUAAUCAAUCGCUAUUUUUCAAUUACAAACUGGCAAAAUUUAACAAUUGAAAUUAUUUCCAACCGUUACUGACUUUAAGGACAGAAAUGUUGGCGUAACGCAGCAGGUCAGGCAGCAUCUCUGGAGAACAGCUGGCGUUUCGGGUCUGGACCCUUCUGUAUCUGAAGAGGCCCCGAUCCGAAACAUCACCUAUCCAUGUUCUCCAGAGAUGCUGCCUGACCCGCUGGGUUGCUCCAGCACUUGAUGUCCUUUUGUGUAUUAACCAGCAUUUGCAGUUCCGUCUUUCGACAUUACUGAUUUAAACCCCAGCACAGGGAUCAUCGUGUGUGUCCUGACAAAUUGCCUGGCAAUUAGCCACAUUGACCCUGCCUAUUGGCGAGCGGAUUUCUGACAAACUCACGACCGGCGGAUUGCUGUGAAAUCGAGGGGCCAAAUCCGACGUGAAGCAGCCCAGUUAGUCGUAGAUAAGUCGCGCCCUGGUCAUAGACUGUACGGGAAUUCCACGUGGAGAGGGGAGCCAACUCUCACUGGAAUUCGGAACCGAAGUCCCUCGGGAAAAGGACGAGGGGACGCUCCCUUUGAUCAUUUCAAGACUUUCCGUGUCGGAACACGCAUUGGGGAACUUGAAGCAAUGACUGAUAAUUCCUUAGCGAACUCUGGCCGAUCACCAGACGCGACCCAGUGGGCCACUGAGCUGCUUGAAAUUCCCAAGUCCGUUGUGAAGGCCUCGGGAGGUCUCAGGAAGGGACUAAACGCAGCCAAAUAGCUUCGCAUGCCACACAGGGGGACGGAGAGGUUUCCAGUCAUCGGGAAAACCAAGAGACAUGGAGUGGCCAGUUUGUGACGGCACGGUGUGAGGAACAAAAUGAUUUGGUAUAUUACCCCGUCUGUACACCAGCUGAUGAAUCAACACCUGCUGCAUGAUGUAGGAUGAAAUAACUCAUUCUGAAUCGAUGUGCGAAACAUGUUGAGAAAGCCCUGAACUACAAGAGUAGAAUUGGAAGAAAAUAAACAGGUACAUUAACCCAUUGGAAAAAGUGGAUCCCACACAUGCUGUUUCUGCUACUGUGUUAAGACAGAACCCAAUCCUGUUCUGUAACUAAUAUUCAAGCACCAUUUCGAAAUGUAUGUGAUCUAAUUUUGAUGAUAUUGUUUUCCUCCUCACCUUGUGAAGGCCAAGGUUUUUAUAUUUUCAUUUUAUUUUAAGUUAAUUUUACACAAAAUGUGGAGGACAUGUGCAUCGCAAGGGAAUAAAUUUAAAUUUAUAUAGAUGUUCUUACUAUUCCAAUCACACAAUAUGCCUAUUACAUAUAAUUUGAACCAUUGAAAAUACCAGAUAUUUAAUUUGGGCUGCAAAUAUCCCAACUAAAAUUUAACUUGUGGGGUCAACGAUCAAUUGUGGGCAGUGAAUACUGUUCUGAUACUGUGGAUUUAAUCUUGUGGGUAAAUUGUUCAAAUAUCUAUUUUUGUAUAUAUGAUAUAUGUUUUAUAACAAAUGAUUGAGUUUACUCGUGAUAUGUUAAUUAUUAAAGCUCUAGGGUUUUAGUUAAAUUGAUUUCAAUUUCUUUGGAAGACCUGUUCAGGGUGACAGUGGUAAAUAUUUCAGUGAGAAAUUCAGUUGCAUUUUAACAUGCUAUGAUUUGUUGGUGAGGCCUAAUGCAUCUUUUCAAAUUAUCAAUGCACUUUUGUCAGAUCAUUGUAUCAUUGUAAUUAAAGACAUCUACCUCAGUUUGAUGUAUUCACUCAUUUUUCUUUUAUUUAUGUGAUAAUACAUUUUUGACAUUAUUAUGUGUUCUUGUAUGGUGAAGCAUUUUGGAAACCUCCAUAAAUACCUCAACAUCUAUGCCUCAGAUGCCAGAGGUUAUUGUGAAAUGAUCAACACCAUCUUGGUUGUAAAAACACAAAUAAAAAGGAGAGGUUAUGAUUCCAGUCUAAGUGUUGGAUAUAUAAAGAACAGGAAUUAGAAGAAGCCUUUUGUUGCAACAUUACCAGAAUGAUGAGUGUCUUGCCUCUAGUGGUGAUCAAUUCUAACAUUCCAUUCUUAUACCUGCAAUACGAAUAUUCACAUAUCACCAUUAUAUUUGUGGUUUUAAUGGGCUAACUGUUGUGUUUUCAGAUGAAUAGUUUGGGUUCUAAGCAGGCUGAUUGAAAAUUGAUAAAAUACAAAUCAGAUCCAAGGGACUAGAUUUCCCUCUUCCAUCGGAGUAGAUUUUGUGUGAUUGUUCAAAGGCCUCAUCGGUUUCAAGGACUAGGCCUUCCUUAGCAUUGAGUCAGAAGACUGCAGGUAAUUCUGAGAUCAUUGAUCAAUCUGCUGACUGUCACCUUAGCCAGAGGAUCGCAGGUUUGUAGUAGGUUCCCUGGAUGGGAAAUACCUGGCUCCUCACAAAGAUAAAGUAAAAUAUAUUGUUUGGCCCCUCUGGUAUUGUGAAGAAUGUGCAUAUUGCACAUUCCAUCCAAUUUAUUCCUAAAGUGGCUUUAAGGUUAGAAUGACAUAAAUAGAACCUUGAUAUAAAUGGAGUCGACUGAGUGUCAGUGAGAAUGGAAUGGUGACAACAGAGACUGGAAUGGUAAGCAUGUCGAUCCCAUUUUAAAUGGAUACAGAUCCAUUUUUAAAAGUUAUGAGGUCUUAAAAUUAACUCGAUGAAGACUUUUCUGAAAGAAACAAUACGCAUGUCAACCUGUUCCACAUCCUUCUUAAUCAUAAUGUGGAAACAAUUAUUAAGACAUUUAUCGUGUUUAUGGCAAGGAACUUUGUUUGGAGCUGUUGUCUUCUGCCAGGUGACAGGAGGUGAAUCAUGAUUGAAUACAACUCCAUAUUUACUGCUUGAAUGUGGGUUUCAGUUUCCCAUUCACCAUUCACCAUUUAUUCUUCUGAGAGACGAGACAACGAGGACAACAUGCCAUGUCCAUAUUUGUCCUUAUAGCAUGUUGACAUAAACUUCACCGUACAAUAUUGGCAGACAAGAUACUGUGAUACAUAUGGUGAACCCCGAGUACUGUGAAUACUACAUACUGAAUAUUACUACACCAAAAUUUGCUGCAAUCCAGCAAUUAAGUGUUAUGCGUUAAGGGUGUUGAGGAUAAUAUCUAACAGUAAAAAGGUCAAUGCUCUAGGGUACAAUUCAACUCUUGUAAUUUUUUCAUUCUGUUCAAACCUUAGCCAACCAAGCACUAUAGAGAGCUGCAGUUUGCCAUUCAUUUUAUAGGUCCAGCCCUGGUUAUACUUCCCAAAACUCUUUUAACCAUUUCUCAGCCCACCUUCCCAACUGAUCAAGCUCCGGCUGCAUUUUUGAUAACAUGUUCAUAAUAUUGAUAUUUACUGAGUUAUUAAGAACUAACUAAUGUCUUUGAAAAAAAUGAAAAGUAAAUUCUUCAGUUAUAUGAAAUUACUUAUCACAACAUUAAUAGUGUAAAUCUGUCAUCUAUUUGAUGAACAGUUGUAAUCAAUCAUUCAUGAUUUCUAUCACAAGCUUUCAAAUAUCCACGUUUUAUGUUCCAUGUUUCUUCAUUAACAUGGUUAUUCUCAAUGCUGUGAUUGAGAAAUAACUGUAUAGAAACAUAAAAAAAUAAGUGCAAGAGUAGGCCAUCGGCCCCGUGAGCCAGCACCACCAUUCAAUAUGAUCAUGGCUGAUCAUCCAAAAUCAGUACUGAUCCAAAAUUAGUAUCCCUUACCCUAAGAGCUAAAUCUAACUCUCUCUUGAAAACAUCCAGUGAAUUGGCGUCCACUACCUUCUGUGGCAGAGAAUUCCACAAAUUCACAACUCUCUGGGUGAAAAUGUUUUUCCUCAUCUUAGCCCAAAAAGACCUACCCCUUAUUCUUAAACUGUGACCCCUGGUUCUGGACUCCCCAACAUUUUUCCUGCAUCUACCCUGUCCAAUCCUCUAAGAAUUUAAUAUGUUUCUAGAAGAUCCCCUCAUCCUUCUAAAUUCCAGCGAAUAGAAGCACAGUUGACCCAUUCUUUCAUCAAACAUCAGUCCUGCCAUCCCGGGAAUUAACCUGAUGAACCUAUGCUGCACUUCUUCAAUAGCAAUAAUUUCCUUCCUCAAAUUAGGAGACCAAAAUUGCACACAAUACUCCAAGUGUGAUCUCACCAGGGCCCGGUACAACUGCAGUAGGACCUCCUUGCUCCUAAACUUAAAUCUUCUCGCAAUGAAGGCCAAAAUUCCAUUGGCUUUCUUCACUGUCUGCUAUACCUGCAUACUUACUUUCAGUGACUGUACAUCACACCCAGGUCUCAUUGCACCUCCCCU